CAUUUUAGUUUUUUCUUUCUGAAAAUUUAUUAUUAAAAUAUUCAACAACAAUAUUUACAUCUAAUUGUCGAUAGUGAAUUUUUCUGCGACUCAGAUCAGAUCCCGUCAGAGAACAAGGAACACUCUGCAGCUCAGAACUCAGAUCAUUACCGGGAUUCCACGCACGAAAAUUCAAACGUUGAAGCCAAAAAGCAAUGCUAAAGGGGAAACUAUCGUUUUUCGGAGGUGGAGAUUCUCGUUCGGUGGAUGACAAUUCGGCAAAGAAUGAAGAGAUUCUUCCUGCAUUGAAGCUUGAAACUGAUAAACAAGUUUAUAGACCUGGUGAUCCAGUUAUUAUCACUAUUCAGAUCUCGAAUCCUUCAAAUGCGUACUCUUUUUUGAUGGAAAGACUCAGUUUUGAAAUCAGAGGCAUUGAGAAAUUGGAUACUCAAUGGUUUGUUACUCAGAAGGCUUUACCUGGUUCAAGGCAAAGAAGAGGUGAACAUGUUUUUGUAGAUUCCUCAACACCAAUCCUAGUAGCAAACCAGAUUAUUAAUGCCGGUGCAAGCAAAUCAUAUGUUGUGAGAACAAUGCUGCCUAGCAUAAUUCCACCAUCGUACAAGGGUUCAAACAUUCGCUAUUUGUACUAUGUUAGAAGUGCAAUAACUGGAGGGUGGCUAAUUCUGGAAAACGGGCAAUCUCGCUCAGAGCCAACGAAAGAUGUUACUGAUUUGGAAGUUCGUAUUCCAUUACAAAUAUGGGUAAACCAGAAAAGCAACGGCUUUCCAAAGGAUGAUGAUAUUGUUCCCUUAACUACUGUACAACUGGAUAUAUUUUGGAAAGAAAUGGAUGGAGAUGCUGAUUGGGUUAGAGCAAAUGAUAUUGAUGAUGGUGUUGAUGAGGAUUAUGACAGCUCAAGGGAUGAUAUAUCAUCUGUUUCUUCAUAUAACCCCACGAAAGAAAAUAUGUACAGAGGCUAUGGAAGUUCUCUAUCAUUGCGAUCUUCCUCUGCAAGAUCAUUGAACAGGGAUGCUUUGGAAGGUCACCGAACAAGUUUAUCUUCAAAUAUAGCACUUCCCCGGUUGUCUGUUGCUGAAGUAUUAUCUGAUUCUGGUGCUGAUGCCCUAUCAACUCAGAAGUCAUUUGCCAUGGAGCAACAGAAGUUCGGGAAGCAAUUUUCUGCAGAAGAUGACGCAGGAGUCUCCUCUUCACCGGAAGCUGGAGGUGUUGAAUCUUUAUCAUCAGAAGGCUUCAUCAGAGGAAGGUCUUAUAACAUCAGACUUGAUGAUCAAAUUUUGCUUAAAUUUUCCCCAAAAAAUUCCGACUCAACUUAUUACUUCAGCGACAUGAUAGGUGGGACUCUAACUUUCUUUCACGAGGAAGGAGCUAGGAGAUGCCUUGAGAUCUCAGUAACAUUGGAAACUUCAGAAACUAUAAAUAGACGCUUCGUCCAUCCUUCUAGAAGGAACUCCCCAACAAUCACAAAGGUUCAGAGUGACCAUCACGAGGUUGUUGCAGAUUUGCUCCAGACAAGUUUCCUUUUUUCUGUCCCCAUGGAUGGUCCAAUGACCUUCUCCACUCCACAUGUAUCUGUACAAUGGGUUCUCCGCUUCGAGUUUUAUACAACUCCAAAAUUUGUGGAUUGGACAAAGUACGAGCAUCCCCUUCUGAUUGAAAGAAGAGAAAAAACCGAGUGGGUUCUUCCAAUUACUGUACAUGCUCCACCACCAAGAACUCCUACUUCUGGCUCAAGAAGUGAGAGACUUUUCUCUCUGGAUCCAAUGUGGGUACACACUUGAAGCUCAAAUAAACCAAAGCUAAAACGAAUGCAGUCCAACCAUCUUAGCUGUCUUAGCACACCUUAAACUUCAUCCUUCAUGUACAAAACUCUUGCAUAAUAGCAGCUAGCUAAAUGUCUAGAAUGAUUCUUUUGUAGCAUACCAGAAUUAAGACCAUUUGUUGACUCUGGCAAUUUCUAUAUAGGUCUUAGCAUUUCUUCAUGUUUUCUGUUUUUCUUAUUUGCCUUUGUUACUGGGGUGAUUUAUAUCCCCAUUGUUCAUGUGGGUUCUUGAUCUUGUUCCUAUAUUUUGCAACGUCAAGUUUUUUUUGUAGAUUUUAUGAA